AUGAACAGAUGCAAUUUGGACACUGGGUGGUUCAAACUGAAGGAAGCAAGGACAAACGAUAGUCCUGAAAUGCAGCUGACAAACAUCACAGCUUUAGAUAUUUCAGCGGUCUUAAAAAGGGCAAGUAAUUGGAAAGCUCCAGGUCCAGACAUGGUACAUCCAGCGCCUUUGCCUAUUCAUCUUGUCAAGGACGCGGCUAUAUUUAAAGUCAUCGGUGUUGAUUUUCCAGGUCCUGUUUACUUGCGCGGUCAGAAGAAGGCUUGGAUAUGCCUGUAUACGUGUGCUAUUUAUAGAGCAGUUCACCUGGAAUUGGUGAGCUCUCUGUCAACCAACGAUUUUUUAGCUAGUUUUCGUAGAUUUUUAGGAUGCCGUGGUAGACCGACUAUUGUCUUAGGAAAAGCGUGUCUCACUUACGAAGAAAUGUAUACGGUGUUAUGUGAUUGCGAACUGACUUUAAAUUCACGUCCUCUAACCUAUGUAUCGGAGGAACCGAGCGAUCUCAAGCCGUUGACUCCCGCAAUGUUCUUGCAUGACAUCAUACAAAGUGAAAUGCCAGAUCUUGACAUAAUUAACAGACUUGAUCUUAAUCUCGAUACCAACGUAAACAAGAGAUCAUGGAAUCUUUAA